UUUCCCUCUCCCUCUCUCUCUCUCACACACACACUUACUUACUCUCUCAGUGAAAAUUUUGGGGUUUGUUGAUUUUUCAGUUUGAAUGGAUUUGCUUGGCUUUUUCUUAUAUUGGUAUGCUUGAUUACUCUCUCUCUCUCUCAUUAGUUUCCCUCACUUUGUUGUGGGGAGAAGCAGUGGUACUAGUGGUUCCAAUAAGUAGUUUUAGAUUCCAACUUUCUGCUUUGAAGAUUUUUUGAAGAUUUGAAGGCUAUAGCGAGUGCAAAAAUCAAGUUGAACCUAGCUCUCACAAAGGGAUGCUUAUAUAUCUUUGAUUCCCACUCUUGUUGUCAUUUUUGGAUGCCAAAACAAUCCAAUAUUCCAAACCUUGAAAACCCCAUUAAAAAACCCAUGGUGGGGGGUUGUCUUUGAAUGAUAUAUGUUUGUUGUGAGAGAGAGAGAGAGGAGAGACUGAGAUUUUGUUUAGGUAGGCCUAAAUUGGCUGUCUUUUGUCCUAAAUUAGCAAACCCUUGAUGAGAUUUGACUAGAUUUGAACAACACCCACCACUCCAUCAAAUCCAAGUCUCCUAAAAGAGAACAGGAGAGACAUAGAUAAAGACCUCUUCUUUAGACACACCCACUUCACUUUCUACGCUCACCCUCUCUCUCUCUCUCUCUCUCUCUUGGCUAGAGAGAGUUGCAUGCACUUGACAAUGGCUGAUCAAGGUGGCAGUAGUGGAAGCAGUGUAAUGAGGGACUACAGGAAAGGGAACUGGACAGUGAGUGAAACAAUGGUUUUAAUAGAGGCAAAGAAGAUGGAUGAUGAGAGAAGAAUGAAGAGAAGUACUGGAGAGAGUAGUAGUGAAGGAGGGAGAUCAAGCAACAAGCCAACAGAGUUGAGAUGGAAGUGGGUUGAGGAUUACUGUUGGAGGAAAGGUUGUUUGAGGAGCCAAAACCAAUGCAAUGACAAGUGGGACAAUCUCAUGAGAGAUUACAAGAAAGUGAAAGACUAUGAGAGAAGAAUAGGUGAAAGAUCAGGAGGAGGAGGAGGAGAUGGAAAUACUAGUGUUAGUACAGUUGAAGGGUCUUAUUGGAAACUAGAGAAGAAUGAGAGGAAAGAUAAGAACUUGCCUAGCAAUAUGUUGCCUCAGAUUUAUCAGGCUUUGGUGGAGGUAGUGGAGAGGAAAGGAACCCAUCACAAGAUUGUUAAUAUUGGUGGUGGUGGUGGGUCAUUAGCUUCUAAUCCCAACAUUGGUUAUCUUGUUCAACCCUCAUUGAUUCCUCUAUUGCAACAUCAUCAAGUCUCAGCUUCAAUUCCAUUGUCAGCCUUCCCACCUCCACUUCCACAACCUCCUCCACCACCACCAAUAGCACAAGUAGCUGCUCCUCUUCUUCAUCCUCAUCCUCAUCAGUCAUUGCCCACAGUAGAUUCUGAUACAAGUGAACAUUCGGACUCGCCUGCAAAGAGGAGGAGAAGAGGAAGAGGAGGUGGUGGUGGUGGUGGUGGUUGUGGCGGAGGAGUGGGAACAAGCUCAUCAAGUCAUGAAGUGGGAAGUGCAAUCUCCAAGAGUGCUUCCAUAAUAGCAGAAGCACUACAGGCUUCUGAUGAGAGACAAGAAAGAAGACACAGAGACCUCCUGAGUCUACAAGAGAGAAGACUCAAGAUUGAAGAAUCAAAGACUGAGAUCAACAGGCAAGGCAUUAAUGGCUUAGUUGAUGCCAUUAACAAGCUUGCUAAUUCAAUCCUUGCUUUGGCUUCCCAUGGCAAGAACCAAUCAUCUUCAAAAUGAUAUAUAUAUCAUUGUUUGAAUAUUAUCCAACAUAGACCAAUUAGAAACUCCCCAUUAAUUAAAUCCCAUUUGGGUUUGUAGAUAAACUCUCCAUUAAUUUUGGACUUCAAUUCUAUUCAUCAUUCUACUUACAUUAUAUCAUAUGUUGCUUAUGAUAAGUAAGCUAUUUGAAACCAAGUUCGGAUAGUCUAGCUGGUUAUCAGCCUCGA